UGAUGACACUAAACCUGUAUGGAGACGUGACUGGCUAAAAUCCGCUAAAUGCACGUGGUUUGACCGCGUGUCGUGUUGCAGACGCCAUUUUACUCAUGGGUUAUAUUUGGUAUAAGUUAAGAGAAGAUCACUGAUCACCUUUUUAAACUAUAAGAAGAGUUAAAAAAAUGAGUGAUGAAGAUAGGGAUAUUGAUGUCGAAAGUGAUGCAGAAAAAAGGGCACACCAUAAUGCUCUAGAAAGGAAAAGACGAGAUCACAUCAAAGACAGCUUUAGCAGCUUGAGAGAUGCUGUUCCAGCACUGCGUGGAGAAAAGGUACUUAAAAUGUCUUCUCGGGCCCAGAUUUUAAAGAAAGCUGCAGAUUAUAUCCAGUUUAUGAGAAGAAGAAACUCUUCACACCACCAAGAUAUAGAUGACCUGAAAAGACAAAAUAAGAUUUUAGAAGAUCAGAUACGAUCUAUGGAAAAGGCCAAGGCUACGGGAAACUACACGGCUUCUACUAUAUUAGAUACAAGUCACAUCAACAGCAAAAGUAAUACAAUAUCAGCGUUUGAUAGAUGGUCAGGCUCGGAGAGCUCAGAUACCGAAGAUUCUGGACAAAGCCACUGUAAGAAAAGGAAGAUAAGUUCUCCUACCGCCUAGAUGCUUCAAAUCGAUGGUAUUAACAGCCUCUGUUUUUACUGCCAUCAUCUGUCAAAUGUGUAUUUUCUAAGUAUGUAUAUGUGUUUCUCUAAGAAAGGAAAAGAUUGUCGGACAUGAGACGUAAUUGCGUUUGAGGUUGACUGAUGUUUUUGGAAAAUUCUUGAAGGGAACAAGCUUUCGGAUAAUGAAUCUACCUAUUUAUAUGUGAAAAUUACAAAUAACUACAUUUGAAUGAGUUUCUGUUGAUUAAUAAUUUAUUCAAGCAAAAAGUGACUUUUAUGUUUAUUUUUUGCAAUUUUUCAAAAUUAUGUAAAACAAGUUAAUUUCCUAAACUAAUCAAAUUUUAGAUUGAUGUUCCCAUUAAUGUUUAAUACUUAGCCAGAUAUUAAUACUCCAGUAUCUUUGACCAGGAUUUCUGGAUAUUUGAAGUGAAUGUGUGCAUAUUAAACAAAAUAGCAGCACAAAAUAUAGAUUUAUAUUUACUGUGGGUAAUGGAAUGAAUUCUGUUAUAUUUGUAUCCAGGUUAUGUAACAAUGAACGUCUUGUGAUUAGUGACUCGUGUGUUGUAUAUUUCAUUGAGAAUAAAUGAGUUGUCUGUGAUAAGUUAAAAAUAA